AUGGCCGACUUCUCUAAGUACGGCGGCCCAAGCGAUGAAUGGUUGGCAGUAGAGGCGGGCCUGCCCCCGGCGCCAACUGACUUACCGGUGCUGGACCGCCAGAAGACGACGAACAAUGUGCGCGAGGAGCAGUCUGUUGAGGCCAUGAAAUUGAUGGCAGACAAAGUCAAAGUGCGCGACUGGACCAUUCCAACACGUGACGGUUCGACCAUCGAAGGUCGAAGCUACCGGUCCAAGGCCGCAGGGGAUGGAGCGUUGCCUGUUUAUCUGUACCUUCACGGCGGGGGAUUUCUCUUUGGUACCGUUAACUCCGAAGAUGCCGCUUGCGCCCGCAUCGCCAUCAGCACCAAUGUCCUCGUUGUGAACGUCAACUACCGACACACGCCUGAGUUCACUUAUCCCACAGCAUGGGAUGAUGUAGAGGAUGGAUUUGUUUGGCUCCAUGCGAACAUCAAGGAGAUCGGCGGCGACCCGAACAAGGUCGUCGUCGGAGGUAUCUCCGCUGGCGGGCAACUGACGGCAUCUUUAGUGCUCGCGCAGCAUUUGGGCAAAACUGGUCAAGGCUUACCGCCAAUUGCUGGCCAGGUCUUGAUCAUACCCUGCUUGGCUCAUCCAGACUGUUGGGACGGCCACUUGAAAAGGCUCAAAGACCCGUCUGUAUCAUCCUACAAAGAGAACGAAAACGCCCCGAUUCUGCCAAGAAGCAUGAUAGACCUGUUCAUUGGCUUACUCAAGAUCGAGAAACCGGACUCCAACGAUCUCAGACUCAACCCUGGCAAUGCCACCUCGGACCAAGUCAAGGGCCUUCCUCCCACAGCGCUUGGUAUUGCUGGUCUGGACCCCUUGCGAGACGAGGGCUUGCUGUAUGCGAAGCAUCUCACUGAGGCUGGGGUCCCCACCGACGUACACAUCUUCAAGGGUGUACCUCAUGGUUUUCGGCGGUUUGGGGAUAAAUUAUCAGAGUCGAAGCACUGGGACGACGUUGUAGAUAACGGGAUCAAGUGGGCGUUGACAAAGCCGGCCGCGACAGGGGAGUUCGUCAUCCGGGAAGCUGCUUGA